AUGAUUAAACAUCAUUUGAAAUUGAAAUUCCCAAAAUAAGAUGUUGUUUAAGCAAAAUCCUAAACAAAAUCUACAUUCUACAUUGCUCGAAGAAUAGUUUAAAGUAAUAGUGACAGGGCAAUAUAUUUACAAAAUUCUAAAGUUACAGAUCAAAUCAUUAAGAAUUAUAAGCCAACUCCAGCUUCCUCAAGGGCUUAUACUACAUCACAUUAAAGAAGUUAUUCGACUACACCAACUAAUAUAAAAGGAUAAUUAUCAUAAAAUUUAGAUGAAUAAGUUUAAGCAAUUAAUACAGAUAGACCAUAAUCUAUAAGCCUAUUAUCAUCUGAAUUUUAAAUUAACACUUUGACAAAAACUAAUAGAGUAGUCUCACUUUAUUAAAUAACUGCUAAAGAACAACAGUAAAAAAUCAGUAUUAAUAAUCCUAUUUUUGAUAAGCAUGAUUUAGAGAAGCAAAAAUAAUUUUAUCAAUCUUCAUUUCGUUCAGCAAGGAGUAUUUAAUAAAAUAAUGAGGCUUUAAUAAAAAUAAUGAAAUAGCAUAACGAUAUUUUGGAUGAAAAUCCAAUCAUUAUGAAACAAGGAUCAUUAAAAAAAACUUAAAUAUUUGUAAAUAUAACUUAUUAAGAAUAUGAAAGAAAAUCAAAAUAAUUGUUCAAGCGGCAUAAAUAUGGAACUUAAAAAUAAUAAAUUUUUUUGUAAAAAGUACUAAAGAAUAUCAAAGAUUCAUAAAGUGAGAAAUCAGAAUCUAAAUUGUUAAUUAGAAAAUAUUCAAAAAUUUGGAAGGAAAAUUUUUCUCAAACUUAGUUUUAAGAGUAAUAAAAAUAUACAAAAUCUUCACAACAAUUCAAAUUAUACUUUAACUAGUUUGUUGAAAAAUGCCUAAAUAAGUUUCGUUUAUAUCAUUAAAUAAACGAGUUUCUUGAAAUUAUAGAGGAUAGAUAAUAAAAAAAUAUUUAAUUACUUGAAUCUAUUCAUGAUUUAAGAAGAUUAUAUAUAGAAAAUCAUAAUAUUAAGAUUACACAUACAGAAAUUGAAGAAUAAUAAUUCAGAUACAAAUAAGAAAUUAUUUCAUUUGGAAUGUAAAAAUUAAUAAUUAAUAUAGAUUAGAAUAGAUAUAUUGACUGAAGUAAAAGAUGAAGAAUUCUAAUCUUAAUAUUUAAUACAAGAUUCUUUAGAAGAUAUUCAAGGAAAAAAAUUAGAAUACUUUUAAAUUGAAAAAUCAUAAGACUAUUAAUAAUAUAAAAUCUAUCCAAUUAUUAAUAAAUUGGACAAUUAAACGAAAAAUUUAUUGCUAUCUGUUGAAUCUACUGAUUUGGAUAAAAUAAUUUAUUAAAAUAAUAUAGAUGAAAUUGCUCUUAAUAUGGAAUAUGAUAAAAUCGAAAUAAGAAGAUUUAUUGCAAAAAUUAUUUUUAAAAAAUAUUCUGAUAUUUUGCAAGGUAAUUAUAAAAAUAAUAAUGAUAUUGUUGACUUAGAGCACAAUAAUUAUUUAUAUUUAUAAUAAUAAUAAAUCCCUGCCAUCCUGGAUAAAAAGGCUAUGAUGAUGAAUCUCAGAAAAUAAACUAGAGAAGCAAAAUUUUAAGGGAGAAAAUCAAUAUUAGAAUUUUAAAAAGAGAAUUUUCAAAUUUAAAAAAAAUUAUAGAAUUCUGGGGGUCUUAGAAAUUUACAUAUUCCUGAAUUAUCAGACAUAUAACUUAAAAGAAGAAAAAGUAAAUCGAUGCAAAAUCUUUCAGAAAUUGAAUUAGAUUAAGGAGAUGAAAUAGUUCAUACAAAUGAAAGUGACUAAAGGGAUGUUAUUUAAAAGUAUUAUAAAGAUAAAGUAAUAAAUAUUUUUAAUUUAAGCCUGUAAAAUAUAAAUAGUAAUUAAAAUUGUAAAAUCUAUAGAUAUUUGAUUAUGCAAUCAGAUAAGAAAACUCAGCCAUUGUAGUUUUGUAAAUGAUGAUAGAACACAACUUAAUUGAUGAGUUUAUCGAUUAUUUAAGAUAAAAUCCAAAUUUUUCACUUAAUUCUAGAAAUGCAUAAGGAAAACCGUUGAUAAUGAUUGCUGCCUAAUCAGGAAAUAAAGAACUUGUUUAGUAUAUGAUCAAUAAAAAUGUAUUAUUAAAUGUUAAAGAUGUAAAUUAUUAGUUUAAAUAUAGCUAGAGGGGAACACAGCUCUUCAUUAUGCGAUUGCAUUUGGAUAUUAUGAUAUCGCUGAUUUAUUACUUUUAAAUGGAGCAAAUCCAUAUAUUAAAAAUAGAAAUGAUCAAAAUUCUUAGAAUUGGAGUUAAUAAUUACUACAAAUGCAAUGA